AUGCGCCCUACUGCAGGCUUCCCAAGGCGCCAAUCCUUCAGACGGGCGAACAAUUUUGCUGAAUGGAGCAACGCGUCCAGUCAUGUUAUGUCCUUAGAGUAUUCUCUAUCUCUUUAUAAGGAACAUGAUGAAGCCCAGAGGAUCGCUUCUCAAUCUUUUUCUACGAACUUCAAAUGGCAUCCUCCACCUGCUGCUGUGUUAAAGUUGAACACUAAUGGAGCAACUUUUGCAAAUCAAUCUAGUUCAGGAAUUAGAGUGAUUCUAAGAGAUUCCCAUGGCAGAGUCUUAAUGUCAGUAAGUCGUAAAGAGAAUGAGGUCCAGGAUUCUAUGGAAAUUGAAUUGCUUGCAAUCUUAAGAGGUAUGCAGCUAUGCUUCCCAAUGGGGAUUCCUGAAUUGAUAGUGGAGACAGAUUCCUUAUUGAGUGUGCAAGCAUUACAAAGCCAAGAUGAACUUAUGUCUAUGCAGGGUAACCUGAUUAGUGCUAUCAAGGAAUUGAUGAAACAGAUGCCUAUGGUCUCAAUCCAACAUGUGAGUCGGCUGGCUAAUGGAGCUGCAGAUGGUUUGGCCUAA